GAACAAAGGCUCUUUCUCUUGCUGGUUCUGAUUGUGACGACUGGAAGAGAAGCAGAAACCUCAACUUUUUGGGCAUUUGGAACAGACUUGACAGUCACUCUGCAUCUUUGGCUGGCACACUCUCGUCAACUCCAAAAAGAUAUAUAUACUGCAGCACUUGAGAGACCCUGCUGAAGAGUAUCUCUCUGACUCCAGCCAUGCUCUCCUUUUCAACCCCACCCCUCCUCUACCUGAGCCUCCUGCUCUUUCUGUCGCACCACUCCCCUGUUCUUGGCUGUCGGAUUGGGAACCACAGCCAGUGUCAGUCUGCUCCCUUCGUACCAGGCCACAACCUGGUGGGAGAGGGAUUUGAUGUGGUCACCCUGCAGCGUAAAGGAGCCUACAUGGUGGACGUGAAGACUUUCCUCACCCCAGAUGGCACCUGUACUCUCUGCUCCAACCCUCUUCAAGGUGACAGCCUCCAGAAGCUGCCAGUCUCUGCAGUGGACUGGCGCUCAUUCAGCCGAUGCAAUGCUGACCUCUACAGCAGUGUGCACACAUCCGUUAGCUCACUGAUAGACACUUACACCUCCCAGGACAGUAAGGACUGGAAGCUUGGCCUAAAUUUCGAUAAGUUUGUGUCUGCCAACCUGGAGGUGGGAGGAACACGCUCCACUGCGUAUAAGUUUGCUACAGAGAGGACCAGAGAGGACCGCUACUUCUUCAGCACUCACAGGGUCACCUGCAGCCACUAUGGUUACCGUGUGUCAAGCAGACCGCCCCUCAGCUCCGAGUUCAGUAAAGAUUUGGCAAGGCUGCCGGAUCUCUACAACUCCUCCACCAGGGCUCUGUACAGUGAGCUAAUACAUACCUAUGGCACACACUACAUUCGGCAGGUUUACCUCGGGGGGCGACUCAGGCGAGUCACAGCUGCACGAACCUGUUUGUCCUCACUGAAUGGACUCUCAUCAAGUGAGGUCCACUCCUGCUUAUCACUGGGUCUCUCUGUAGGCCUUGGGAAGUUGAAAUUAUCUGGUAACCGACAGUAUUGCAACAAGGUCCUACACAACCAGGACGUCUCCACCUCGUACAGUUCUGGUCUCCACCAACACUACACAGAGGUGGCAGGAGGCAAUGGUUGGUUGGGGGAGUUUUCACUCACUCAUAAUGACUCCCUGGGCUACAGGAAUUGGCUGAGCACCCUGAAGGACCACCCAGAUAUUGUUUCAUACUCCCUCAGGCCAAUGUAUGAGCUGGUGCCAAAUGAGACACAGAAGGCAGGGAUGAAGGCAGCCAUAGAGCAGUACUUAGCAGACAAUGCUGUGACAAAGUCACCCAAAGAACCAUAUUGCGGGUGGCACAAUCCUNAUCGGAGAGUUGGAGGACAAGGUAGAAAGCUCCUCCACUGA